UAAGGGCAUUUACUUUUUAAACUACACACAUUGAUAACUUCAAGCAAUCGUUUAAUUUUGAUGUGCUCUUUUAUGGCACGCUGUGAAACUUGCGUCAUAAACAUGACAUCGUAUUUAAAAAAUAUGCUUACUGUUAUGUGUUAAUCAAGACUAAACUCUACAGAUCAUCUGGAGCAACACACACUUUAGGACACAUAUCCCUGUAUGACUUUAGAAUAGAUAACUAAUAAUUGAGCGGGCAACUAAAUAUUCAAAAACACUACGUAAUCCCAGAGUACAUUGCUCCACUGUCCGCAUUACCUAAUCCCAUAAGGCAUCGCGGGGGGCGGGGACAUGGCUAGUUGUCAGAGCAACCUGAAUGUCAUUAGAUUUAUCCCACCCUCAAAAUCAUCUCCAGCCAAUCAGAGGUCGUAAAAAUGACAUCAUUGUUAUUUUCUGUAGAGCUGUAGCUUAGAGGUGGAUAAAGUUCGUCUCCACGUUGGAAGUGAUAGAAAGUAUUAUCCAUAUCCAGACAGUGUUCCUAGAUUUUGGAAAGGGGGAUAACUCGGAGAGGAUACUUGAGGUGUAAAAACACGGAAGCUCGGCGGCGGGACAACGAGGUUUUUGUUGAUGAUCGCACGGUUCAGAUGAGAAAAGUUUGGAGGACAAAGUUGUCAAGUGAGUUGAACUUCGACAAUAGGCGCACACGAUCACAAGACGGUUGAGAGACUGAGUCACUGGACAUAUGUAAACAGUCGAUUUUGGACUUUUUCUAAAGGAGAAACUAUCUCCCUCAGGGUGAUAAAAACUUUAUGUCCCGAAAAAUGGAAGCGACAUUCUACGACGAAGCCCUAACUGCGUCCAACUCUCAGCAUGACGGGACGGCAGUGUAUGGGUUCAACCCCAAAACCCUCAAACAGACUAUGACACUGAACCUAAACGAUCCAAAAAACUUUAAACCUCAUCUGGGAGCCAAGGCCCUGGACAUCCUGACGUCCCCUGAUGUCGGGUUACUGAAGCUGGCCUCGCCUGAGCUGGAGAGAUUAAUUAUCCAAUCCUGCAGUGGGCUGACGACUCCCACCCCGACCCAGUUUAUCUGUCCCAAGAACAUCACCGACGAGCAGGAGGGCUUUGCUGAAGGCUUUGUGAGGGCACUGGCUGAGCUCCACUACCAGCAGCAGAUACCAGCCGUUCACCCUGACGCACAGACCGGCGCCACUAACAGCAUGGCGCCCGUCUCUGCUGCGUCCGACAGCGGCGGGCUUCCCUACAGCUGCACGGUUCGCACCGAGCCACCGGAGUACACAAACUUGGCCACUUUCAGUCGGGCUGUGGGGUCUGUCCGCACCUGCCAGCGAAAGGCAACGCUGUCCCCCAUCGACAUGGAGACCCAGGAGCGCAUCAAAGCGGAGAGAAAGCGCCUGAGAAACAGGGUGGCUGCGUCCAAAUGCCGGAAAAGGAAGCUGGAAAGGAUCUCCCGGCUCGAGGAGAGGGUCAAAAACCUGAAGAGCCAAAACACGGAGUUGGUUUCCUCUGCCAACGUCCUCCGGGACGAGCUGGCUCUGCUCAAGCAAAAGGUCAUGGAUCACGUUAACAGCGGGUGUCAGCUUAUUUUGACGCAGCAACUCCAAGCUUACUAAACUGUCCGUGGACACUUCUUGAGGACCAAAUGCAGUUUAAGGUGGCCUGCUCAGCCUUAUAGAAGAGUCCCUGCGUCUGACUUCAUUUUCCAACCAAGUUAUCGACUCAGGCUGCAGUUAUCCAGACAAACGCUGUCUGACAAAAUCCCGUAAAUGAUCAUCAUGAUGAAUUAUAAUGCAGAAAGUGGCCGCGAGCUUAUUGCACAGACGCACGGCUCAGAGGAAUCCUUUGCUCUAAGUGCCCCUCUGAUGUGACUUGUUACACAUUUCAGGCAAUUUUGUCUUUCUCUCUUUUUUUUUAUUUCCAUCCAAAACUAUAACAUCACAUUUGUAUUCAGUCAAGCCAAGGCAAUACAUAUGGAAAGUGUGUUUACCUUAGCCAUAAAGUAAUUAUUGGUUGAUUCUGGCCCUGAAGUCUUCCAACAUGAUAGGACUGGCAGAGUUCCUGUGGUGUCAAAUUGCAAAUGGACAGAAACACAAUGUGAACCAGGCCUUGCCCUGCAACUCUCCCACUAUGUCAAGCACUGAGAAGGCUGUCCCACCAGCGAAUACAUGAACAGAGUAACACUAACAGAAAUGUUUCAGGUGUGUGUAGCGUUUACUGACAAAACUGCCUUACUUUCUUAACCCUUAUGUUCAUACAACUUUAAGAUAGGUGUAACUAAUGUUAGACCUCAAAUAACACUUUGUAAUAUUUGUACGCUGUAUUUUGAGCACUUCGACUGUAAAUAUGACAAAAUAAAACGUCGAACACG